GCAACUCUGAUCCAUUACAUUUCAUUUACCACCAUUCUUUCACCGCACCCGUUUUUCGUAACCGCCCUUCCUCAACCUCUCUCCCGGCCACCACUGCCGGCGACGGACGGCGGUGAUUAUAGCGGCGUCUCCGUCUUCUUCUACUACAUUUACCGGCGAGUUUUCUCUCUCUUCCUUUAUCCUGCUAGACUCCAAAUUAAGAUCAGUGAAAGGGACAUAAUAUGAGCUGCUUUGGCUGUUUUGGAGGAGAUGCAGCCCAUAGGCCUGCAGACAACGGAGGUGGUUACAUGCCCAGAAACUUGGCAGGGAGAGAUGGAAUGUAUCAGUUAGUUGAUAAUGCACCUAGCAAGCCUCCAGUGAGAGUCCAGCCUAUAGAGGUCCCUCAAAUUUCUGUGGAUGAACUAAGGGAAGUUACGGAGAACUAUGGAUCCAAUGCUUUAAUAGGGGAGGGAUCAUAUGGUAGAGUGUACUAUGGGGUGCUUAAAAAUGGGCGUGCAGCAGCAAUUAAAAAACUGGAUGCAAGCAAACAACCAGAUAACGAAUUUUUAGCUCAGGUUUCUAUGGUUUCAAGGCUAAAACAUGACAAUUUUGUUGAAUUGCUUGGUUACUGUGUUGAUGGCAACCUACGCAUUCUUGCCUAUGAGUUUGCAUCAAAUGGAUCUCUGCAUGACAUCCUUCACGGGAGGAAGGGUGUGAAAGGAGCACAGCCUGGACCUGUUUUGUCGUGGGCUCAACGUGUUAAAAUUGCAGUAGGUGCUGCGAGGGGACUUGAGUUUUUGCAUGAGAAGGCGGUUCCCACCAUUUUUCAUCGUGAUAUCAAGUCUAGUAAUAUACUUCUCUUUGAUGAUGAUGUUGCUAAGAUUGGUGAUUUUGAUCUGUCAAAUCAAGCUCCCGAUAUGGCAGCAAGACUUCAUUCUACGAGAGUUCUUGGAACUUUUGGCUACCAUGCACCAGAGUAUGCAAUGACCGGGCAGCUUAAUGCCAAGAGUGAUGUGUACAGUUUUGGCGUUGUCUUGCUUGAGCUUCUCACUGGCCGGAAACCUGUUGAUCAUACAUUACCUCGUGGACAGCAAAGUCUGGUGACAUGGGCUACACCUAAACUCAGUGAAGACAAAGUCAAGCAGUGUGUUGAUCCUAGACUCAGCGGAGAGUAUCCUGCCAAGGCUGUUGCGAAGAUGGCUGCAGUUGCUGCAUUGUGCGUACAGUAUGAAUCUGAUUUUCGCCCAAACAUGAGUAUAGUUGUCAAGGCACUACAACCCCUUUUGAAUGCUGCACGACACGUUGCCAAUAAUGGUGUUCCAAUCUAGUGAACUAUCUGAUCUCUCUCUUUCCUCACCAUUUUUUGUCUCAAUAUGUGCUUAUGGUUUUUGGUAAUGCAAGGUAUACAUACAGAGAUUAAUUUUCUGGAAGACGGAUACAUUUUUUUUAGUUUGUGCAGUGUUCUGUUUGGUGGAUAAGCUAUAAUUUGUGGUUUGUUCAUAAUAUGAUGAUUGGUUUAUUGUGGGGUCUGGA